UUAACCGGAACUAAAAUUCUUCAAGAAAGCAAGUCACCAACAACAGCGGACAGUGCUUUAAAUUAAAGAGGCAAAAUGAUGGAUCCUAUGAUAAACGAAGAAUCUUCCUAUGCACCAAAACAGACUUAUUUUAGUCCUUAUGCUAUGAAUGGAGGAACAUGUUUGGCAAUAGCAGGGGAAGACUUUGUAGUUGUGGGUUCUGACACAAGAUUAAGUCAAGGAUUUUCCAUCUUCACAAGGGAUUUACCAAAAACUUACAAACUAACAACUUCUACUGUGUUAGGUGCAUGCGGAUUCCAUGGUGAUGUCCUAACUCUUACAAAAGUAUUGAAUGCUCGUCUAAAGAUGUUUGAACAUGAACACCAUAAGAAAAUGACCACAUCAGAAAUAGCUGCCAUGCUGUCGACCAUGUUGUAUCACAGAAGAUUCUUCCCUUAUUAUGUGUAUAACUUGAUUGCAGGAUUAGAUGAAGAAGGUAAAGGUGUGGUCUACAGUUUUGAUCCUGUGGGGUCAUACGGAUCGGAUGGGUACCGAGCCCGAGGGUCAGCAGCUGCCAUGUUACAACCUCUGUUAGAUAACCAGAUUGGUUUGAAAAACCAGCAAAACGUCCAGAGAGUCUCCUUGUCAAAAGAGAAAGUGGUGAACCUAGUGAAGGAUGUAUUUAUAUCUGCAGCUGAACGCGACAUAUACACUGGAGAUGCAGUGGUUGUCCACGUUAUCACAAAGGACGGCACCACCACCGAGAGAUUCCCACUCAGGAGAGACUGAAAGCUGCUCUUGUACGACGUCAAGGAUUCCACUUUUAGUGCUAUGUGAAUGUACUCUAUAUGUAAAUGGUUGAAUGAACCAUUCUUCUCGUUGCAUCUGUUUCAUUGACAGGUGAAAACUUGGCUCAUUACAUCAUUAAAUUUUGUAACAUUAAAAUUCUUUAAUAAAUGAA